GCCGAUGCCUUUUCUGUGUUGAGGAUGGAGGAAAGAGGGAAUUAGUGGCUAUUUCUCAGUCGGUUUUCGCAGAGAGAGCGACUUGUUAAUCCCAACCUAAAAACCUCAGCGGUGACAUUUUUCUUUCUUUUCUUCCAUGGGACCAGAACGGCUUUAAGAAUGACUCGGGGAGAGAAUCUGCUGCACAAGGCUUGAAUCCACCUAGAAACCACAUGGAGCAGGAUGUGGAGAGCCCCUCCAUCAUCAAACCGCCGAAGUUGCCAAAGCAGGCCCGUGAGGACCUGCCUAAACAGCUGGCAGAAAGGGACCGGGCAAAGAAGAUCCAGCGGUACGUCCGGAAAGACGGGAAGUGCAACGUCCAUCACGGGAAUGUUACGGAGAAGUACCGCUAUCUGACGGACAUUUUCACCACGCUGGUAGAUCUCAAAUGGGGGCUCAACUUGUUCAUAUUUGUAUUGGUGUACACCGUGACGUGGCUCUUCUUCGGCUUCAUGUGGUGGCUUAUUGCAUACCUUCGGGGGGAUCUGGAACAUUUAGCAGACAACACAUGGACUCCAUGUGUCAAUAACCUUAAUGGGUUUGUAACAGCUUUUCUGUUCUCCAUUGAGACAGAGACCACCAUCGGUUAUGGGUACAGAGUCAUCACGGACAAAUGUCCAGAGGGGAUCCUUCUGCUUUUAAUUCAGUCGGUGCUGGGAUCUAUCGUCAACGCCUUCAUGGUGGGUUGCAUGUUUGUUAAGAUCUCACAGCCCAAGAAGCGAGCCGAGACACUUGUGUUUUCCACCAACGCGGUCAUCUCAAUGAGAGAUGGACGGCUGUGCCUGAUGUUCAGAGUCGGAGACCUCCGAAACUCGCACAUCGUAGAGGCUUCGAUCAGGGCCAAGCUUAUCAAGUCGAAGCAGACCAAGGAAGGGGAGUUCAUCCCUCUGAACCAGACGGACAUAAAUGUGGGUUACAACACGGGAGAUGACAGGCUCUUCCUGGUGUCACCGCUCAUUAUCUGCCAUGAGAUAAACCAGGACAGCCCCUUCUGGGAGAUCUCACAAGCCCACCUGGCCAAGGACGAGCUGGAGAUUGUUGUAAUUCUGGAGGGCAUGGUGGAGGCCACAGGCAUGACGUGCCAGGCGAGGAGUUCAUACAUCGGCAGUGAGAUCAAAUGGGGCUACCGCUUCACACCAGUCCUGACGCUGGAGGACGGCUUCUACGAGGUGGACUACAACAGCUUCCACGAUAUCUACGAAACUAACACACCCGCCUGCAGUGCCAAAGAGCUUGCUGAUAUGGCCAACCGCACCCGCUUGCCCCUCACCUGGUCACUGGCCAGUAAGCUGAGCCAGCAGGGCCUGCCAGAGGCGAUGCAGGAGGAUCCGGACACCAAGACCAGCCUGGACAACCAGGAGAGGAUCCAGCAGACUGAGAGGAAUGGGGACAUUGCCAACCUAGAGAGCGAGUCCAAAGUGUGAUAGAGGAAAGAAAGAGAGCAAGUUUGGGCUCCUUCUGAAAAUAUUGUGUGCUGUACGUCUGUACGUGUAACACACAAGCUUGCGGAGCACAAGGGAGAGUUUGAGGUACUAAAAUGAUGACCAAUGAGCACAGUAGACCAAGUAUCCCUGCAACAAGAACUGUUUUUUUUCUCAUAGUUACCCCCCCCAAAAACAACAAAGCAUCUAGACAUGUGGCCCACCGCUGAACUGAAAGCCCUCUGCGGGAAGUGCAUGUUUCAAAUAUAAUGUGAUGUCCUCCU